GCAGGAAGCAGUGCAGCUCUGUGCUGCAUAUGCAGAAAUGAAAGAGAAACUAGGACUCACGGCUAAACAAUUGAAGAUUACUCUGGGUGAACUUUUUUUCUGAACUGUCUCCACCCACUGUAGUAUCUUUUCUCCACCCCUGGAAUGAGUGAAGGAGAGUAGGACCAGUACAGGAGUACAACUGCUGCUAUGCAUAAGUCUUGUCAGGACCUGUAUUGCAGGAGAGGGGGGAAAGCAAGGUGUUGUGAGUGUAACUCUGUUCUUUCACACUGGUACUAUGAAAGAGAUGGACAGUUCUUCUGUAAGAAACAUUACUGGUUACGAUUUGGAGAACAGUGUCAUGGCUGCUCAGAGUCAAUCACUACUGGUCUUAUUAUGGUGGCCGGGAAGCAGAAAUAUCAUCCCGAGUGUUUCCUCUGUGAAAUCUGCAACAUGUUCAUUGGAGACGGCGAUUCUUUCACUUUAGUGGAUUUCAACACUUUGUACUGUGGACAAUGUUAUUACCAAAAGGCGCAGGAUUCAAGAUCAAAAGGUUCAUGCCUUCCUCAUACAGUGACAUCGAUGUCAUUUCCUCCCUCUGCUGAAACCAGGCGAGGUUUCAUUUUCACUGUGGAACAGAAUCCUGUCAAUGACGCUGGCCCCGUGAUCCGUGUUUCUCAGCUGGACGUGCACAGCAUGACCCCUGAGGUGAAGCCUUUGAUCCAUGUGGGAGACAGGAUUCUUGAAAUCAACGGAAUCUCUGUUCAAAACAUUCCACCAGAUGAGUUAGAUCUGGUGAUUCAUGACACAGAGCACUGGCUGCAAAUCACGACUGAACAUGACCCUAAAGACCUCACGAAACACAAGGACUUAUCAGGCCUGCUGGGGGAAGAACUGGACCAGCCAGGAACAUUAGGAGUCUUUACUCUUCCCAGCAGUAGACUAACAGGCAUUCGAUCCAGACAUAUUCUGCGCAGCUGCAGUAUUGACAAAGCUCCAUGCUCACAACGACACACCACGCUUCUGUCCCAUAGAAGAGACAUUAAUCGAUCCGAGUCUCUGCGUUUUGACCCUACUGAUAAAACACAACGCAUUUUCCGUCCUUCUGACCUUGUAUACGGUGAAGUCCUGGGGAAAGGCAGUUUUGGACAAGCCAUCAAGGUGACACAUGUGGAAACAGGUGAGGUGAUGGUGAUAAAGGAACUUCUUCAGUUUGAUGAAGAGACUCAGAAGACAUUUCUAAAAGAGGUCAAAGUGAUGAGAUGCCUUGAACAUCCAAACGUCUUAAAGUUUAUCGGCAUUCUUUACAAAGACAAGCGGCUCAACCUGAUCUCGGAGUAUGUGCAAGGAGGAACUUUGAGAGACACCAUCCAGAAAAUGGACAAGGGUCAUCCCUGGAAACUGAGAGUGAGCUAUGCCAAAGACAUUUCUGCUGGAAUGGCCUACCUGCAUUCAAUGAAUGUCAUUCACCGGGAUCUAAACUCACACAACUGCUUUGUCAGAGAGAACCAGUCAGUGGUAGUUGCAGACUUCGGUUUGGCUCAGCUUGUGAAGGAGGAAAAGAAUGCUUCACCCGGACAAGUGUCCAAAAUGAACAAGCUUGGACGUAAAAAGCGGUAUACUGUAGUGGGGAACCCGUACUGGAUGGCACCAGAAAUGAUCAACGGAAAAGACUAUGAUGAACAUGUUGAUAUUUUCUCAUUUGGGAUUCUGCUUUGUGAGAUUAUCGGCAGGGUUUAUGCCGAUCCAGAUUACCUUCCCCGCACGCAGGAUUUUGGAUUAAAUGUAAAGGAUUUUCUGGAGCGCUAUGGGUCCAAAGAUUGCCCUCCGGCAUUCUUUCCCAUCGCAGUUCUGUGUUGUGCCUUGGAGGCUGAAAAAAGGCCUACUUUUGCUAAAUUGGAGGAGUGGUUGGACAACAUGUUAAUGCACUUGGAAAUGAGAUUUCCUCUUGUGUCAGAACUGGAUAAGAUUUGUCAGUCAUUUUGGGAAGAGCACAGCCAGUCAAAACAAACGUAUGGGAUUCCAUCCAAACAACUGGAGAACUCUGUGUUUGGCAGGAUCUGAAGUUGGGUGCGCUGACUAUAAAGCAAACAAAAGCACACAGGGGAUUAUGAUGUAAUGAUAUAAUGAAGUUGGAAAUCUCAGAAUCUUCCUGAUAGUGAGCCCCAGAAGGAUUCUUGCAGUAGUCCACACCUUAAAUUCAUAAAAUUGUAUUAAAUUAGCUACUUUUUAAUUUUAUACAGUAUAGUAUUUUGAACAGUAUGUGAAUCAACAAAUUGUAUUUAUUCUGAAAGUCAGCCAGUGCUAUCUUUUACUAAAAAAAGUUUGUUUAUGGUUUUACAGUUGAUGUAAUUUUAUGUAUUGCUUAAAUGUAUAUUGUACAAGCUGUUUUUACGAAUCUGCUGCAGUAAUUUUGCACUGUUUGUACUGUUCAAUGUAAUAUUUUAUUAAUAGUAGCCUCAUUUUAAUCUAAACAUGCAUUAAAUUUCACAUAGGCUAACGUAAUACAUUUCCUUCACCGUGUCUCGGUGAUCUAUUUUCUCGAUCUGUUUGUUUAAGUACAUCUUCAUUUGUAAAAUGUAGCCCUAACGUUUUAAUAUACUGUGAAUUUGUGGUCAAAGCAAUUCAUCUGAAGGAAUAAAUGC